UUCAUCCAAGCCCUGCCCAUGAUCCCACCCUCAGCCUGGCCUCCCCUUUCCUAAGGCUGCAGUUUAUGGCUUUCACAGUAGGUGGCAGCAAGCACAGUGCAAAUCAUGUGUAAUGACAGCUUCUCUAGGGCUGGGAACCAGAAAUUCUCUCCAUAGAAAGAAAAACACCAGAGAUCACAUUCCGUUCUCUUACAUAGUUCCCAUUUAUCCUCAGCACACCCUGCCAUCACACACACACACACACACACACACACACACACACACACACACUCACACACACAGCUUUAUGACUUUUGCAGUCAACUGUGGACCUCAGUCCCUUCUCCACUAUCCCAUCUAAGCCCCUCCUCCUCUCCCUCCCCUUGGACCUUGCCCUUCUUACUGGCCAGGUAGGGGGGAACAGAGUCCAGGUUGACUCAUCUCCCACCUCACUGGAGCAGAGAUCCCAGCUCUGUAGCUGAAAACACCACCAUUUCAGCCCCAGCACAGCAGAGAACCACACAGUCCAGAAUUCUCGGGGAGAGGCAACUCUCCUGCUCCUUCCCUCCACCAUGGACUACCUCUCAGCCCUGAACCCCAGCGGCCUGCUCAGGUCAGUAUCCAGUAUGAGCUCUGAGUUUGGCAGGAAAGUCUGGACUUCACCUCCACCACCCCAGCGACCUUUCCGUGUCUGUGAUCACAAGCGAACCACCCGGAAAGGUCUGACAGCUGCGACCCGCCAGGAAUUGCUAGACAAGGCACUGGAGGCCCUGCUGCUGAGUGGGAUGCUAACACUGGUGCUGGAGGAGGAUGGGACCGCCGUGGAGAGUGAGGACUUCUUCCAGCAUCUGGAGGAUGACACGUCCCUGAUGGUGCUGGAGCGCGGGCAGAGCUGGACCCCCAGCAGGAGUGGGAUGCUGUCAUACGGCCUGGGCCGGGAGAAGCCCAAGCACAGCAAGGACAUCGCCCGGAUCACCUUCGACGUAUACAAGCAAAACCCUCGAGACCUCUUUGGCAGCCUCAAUAUCAAAGCCACAUUCUACGGGCUCUACUCCAUGAGUUGUGACUUUCAAGGACUCGGCCCAAAGAAAGUACUCAGGGAGCUCCUCCGUUGGACCUCUGCACUGCUGCAAGGGCUGGGCCAUAUGUUGCUGGGAAUUUCCUCCAGCCUUCGCCAUUUAAUAGAAGGGGCCGAGCAAUGGCAUUGGCAGAGGCAGGGUCGCCUCCAUCCCUACUGAGAAGGGGCUCCAAGCCGCUUUCUGCCCUCAGACUUGUUCCAAGACACACUGUGAGGACUGUGGCAGCAUCAGCUUUGGAGACCUGAAGACAGUGCAGGUUAGAUAACUCACCUGAUUUCCCUAAUGCCUUCUGACCCCAUUGUGCCAGGCCCCGUCAGCAUAACGCCUUACACCCCUAGCCUAUACUCUUUCCUGAAGAAUGCUGUCCCUUCCUAGCCAUCUUUCCAGCAUCCCAUUUACCCAGAGAGGCCACAAGCCUGUCCCCAAGCACUUGACCCCCCCACCCCCAAUCAUUGCUACAUCUAGAUUCCUUGUAACUCUUCCUGUCCCUAAGCUUCCCAGGGCACUGAA